UGGCAGGCGUGUGGUGUCCCGGGAAACAUGGCGGAGAAGCCGAGGAAACGUCCGUGUGGCCCGGGUGAACACGGCCAAAGGGUUGAAUGGCGAAAAUGGAAGCAGCAGAAGAAAGAGGAGAAGAAGAAGUGGAAGGACCUCAAGAUAAUGAAAAAACUAGAGAGGCAGCGUGCUCAGGAGGAACAGACUAAGCGCCAGGAGGAGGAGGCUGCUGCGCAGAAGAGCAACCUAGGACGGCCUUACACUCUGAGUGUGGCCCUGCCAGGCUCCAUCCUGGACAACGCACAGUCACCUGAGCUUCGCACCUACCUGGCUGGCCAGAUUGCCAGAGCCUGCACCAUCUUCUGUGUGGAUGAGAUUGUGGUGUUCGAUGAGGAAGGCCAAGAUACCAAAACUGUGGAAGGGGAAUUCAAGGGGGUUGGCAAGAAAGGGCAGGCGUGUGUGCAGCUGGCCCGCGUCCUGCAGUACCUGGAGUGUCCUCAGUACCUGAGAAAGGCGUUCUUCCCCAAACACCAGGAUCUUCAGUUUGCAGGGAUCCUCAAUCCCUUGGAUAGUCCUCAUCACAUGCGUCAGGAUGAGGACUCUGAGUUCCGAGAAGGUGUUGUGGUGGACCGGCCCACCAAGGCAGGCCAUGGCUCUCUGGUCAACUGUGGCAUGAAGAAGGAGGUGAAGAUUGACAAGAAACUGGAACCCGGACUUCGGGUGACCGUGCGACUGAACCAGCAGCAGCUCCCAGAAUGCAAGACAUACAAGGGAACAGUCGUGUCAUCGCAGGACCCCCGCACCAAAGCUGGCCUCUACUGGGGCUACACUGUUCGACUGGCCUCCUGUCUCAGUGCCGUGUUUGCUGAGGCUCCCUUCCAGGAUGGGUACGACCUGACUAUUGGGACAUCAGAACGAGGCUCCAGCGUGGCCUCUGCCCAGCUGCCCAGCUUCAGGCAUGCUCUUGUGGUGUUUGGGGGCCUCCAAGGGCUAGAAGCUGGAGUAGAUGCUGACCCCAACCUUGAAGUGGCUGAACCCAGUGUCCUCUUCGACUUUUAUGUCAACACGUGUCCUAGCCAGGGCAGCCGUACCAUCCGCACUGAGGACCUUUGCUUUCCUGGUGAUAUGCUGUGUGAAGUAUUCUACAAGGCCUGGGCAUCCACUGGCUGUGUGGCACCGUCCCCGAGGAAGCCAUACUCAUCUCCCUGGCUGCUCUGCAGCCUGGUCUCACCCAGGCGGGUUCCCAGACCACCUGACAGCGUUGUGCAUCCAGGAUGUAGAGGAAGCAGCAGGAAAUGGAGGGUCACCGGGAAAAGCAAUUGUCAAGACUUAUCCAAAAAUAACCACCUUUAA